AUGAGUUUCAAAGAAAAGGUGAACAGAAGAACUGCCGACUUAGGGAGGCUUAUUGUUGAAUGCCAAACGCAGGUAAGCUUACUAGUGAGUUUAACCUGGGCUGUAAACAAAUCAAGGGGGAGAAAAACUUAAUUUAAAAAAGGAGGAAGACAUGCAAGGAAUUUAUGCCCAUCACACUAUUCCAUAGCCUUAGCCGUAGCCUUGUUGGAUCAGUGUUACUUGACAAAUUUACGCAGAUCUAAAUGCCCUUCUCUGUAGCCUAUCAAUUUGACAAAAAGGAUUUGGUAUAAGCAGCAACGCCCCAUACCCCAGCAAACGAUUUCCGACACAGGCUCUGCGAGUGAAGUGACCGAUACUUUGUCUUACAUGAGAUGGUCACGGGACCUUUUUAUGCUUCUCCCCCUUUUAUUAGCAAUUGCAAUUGCUCAACUUUUAAAUUAUUUUAAUCUAAUUUGAUAUUUUUAGGAUUUAAGUGGCAGUCUCCCUGAAAGCGGUCCACUUGAUUUCACGACCAAAAAUAGUUUGCCUUUAUUUUUUGUCGGUGAAGAGGGUUUAGUAGGUAUAUACUAAAAUCCCUUUUUUUGUUUUCAAAUUCAGUUUUGGAUAGGCAGUUGCUUAUAGGAGGUGGUUGCACAUGGAGGUUCGACUGUAACUCUAUUGCACAAAAGCAUAUAUUUAUUAACUGUUUUAUUUUACUGAUCAAACCAAUUUUGUGGUGCAUUUGAGUGUUUGAGAAAACUCUCUUUACAGAUAAUUAAUCGAAAUUUAGUUGUUAAGAAUUAAGAAAAAGAAUUCCCCAUGACAGUUCUGAAGGUGAACCCAGUGCAGCUCGGCCAAUCGCAAGAUAGUGAAAUGUACCAAACACUAGAAAUCCUGUGUUGUGUAUGCUGUAGUUAAUUUUUUAUCUCAGGUACUUUUUAUUUUCCUUUGUUUCAAAUUAAUUAGCAUACUUUACCAUACCCAAAAACAAAAGGAAAGCAAAAAUAAAAAUAAUUAUUAACUACAACAUGUACAGUGUUCGUGCUGUGCUAUGCCUGAUCCUAUCUGCAUUAACUGGACUGAAAAUGUGACAACACAACUUAGGAUUUCUAGCACUGCUGCAAAGCUUUCACAUAAAAUUAAAAUAUAUUCAAAAACAGCCCGAGACACUUGGAAGUGUCUCUCCAUAAGUGGCCAAGAAUUGGUAGGACCAGCAGCAGUUUUGCAGAGGCAUAGUUCGACUGGCAAGUGAAACUUAAGAAGAAAAAAAGGGAGAAUUUUGCAAGCAAUGGAUAUUACACGUGAAAAGGUUGAUAUCUCCAUCACACAAAAUUAAGUGAACAAUCACUAUUGCUUAUUGCAUAAUGAUGUAGGAGUUUUGUUAUAAAUGGUUGAAAAUAUUUUGUGAUUUAUGUCACUCUUCCCUGGCCUGUUUACAAGGCAGCUUACGGCAAAAUCGGGUCCAUGUUUUUCCUUCCCACAAGCAAUUCAUUAUUUUAUUAAUGUGUCACCACUUAUAUAAACUUUUCUAAAACUAAGGUAAGCCCAAACCAAGCUAUUUCCUUUGCAGAGAAGGUCGUAGUGUUACCACACAUAUAUUACUGAUCUCUCUGUUUCCUGUCAAUUUAUGCAAAAUAUAUGCAACUUAGUUGCACUUAUCUUGCAUUCCUAUUUUUGCUGCCACACGAAUAACCAGACAAUUUGAAUUCUGAGCUUUUCGUUGUGCUACAUAAGUUAUAUUGCAGUGUAUAGUAACACAAAUCACUUCUUACAUUGAGAUAGAUAGCCAGUUCUCCUGGCAUUGAGUGAGCUAACAGUCUCCAAAAAUAAUACAGGUGUCCAAUUGUCACUUUCAAAUAACAGAUCUGAGAUAUACUUAACAGGUGCUUAUUUGAUUCACAAAAAGUCAUUAAUAUUUCUUGAUGGAAGUUGUGGCUAAAAUUGACUCCCAACGAAGUUCUAUUCCUUUAGAGUUAAGUGAAAAUCAGCAGCCGUCUGUUAAUUUAUUGUAUCUAUAAGUGCUGUACCAAUUGACGUAGCCAAGGGAAAGUUGUCCAGCAUACAAUAGUGCUCCUCAAUUGUUUUGUAGGUGAUGUGUCCUGUUCCCCUGGAAAGCAGUUAAGGAUUUGUUAAGGAUGGCACUUCCCCUCUGUAUACUGGCACUUCACCUCUAUAAUUUGGACAUCUCCUCAUCCAGACAGUUCAUGCCAAACUUCAUACAUCUCAUACCAUAAAUGUCAAUAAUAUAGGUGCCUGUAAUGUGGCCAUUACAGAUGCUUUAUCAAACUUUAUGCAAAUUCCUACCAACAUAAUAUAGCAGUGGGCACAUCUUUGUACUACAAGCAGUUUCUUGGUCCCAGAACUGCCAAAAUGCAAAAUUUGUUUGUUUGUCAAUUUUUAAUAUUUGUAAAUUUCUUAGGUUUGUUUUCCUUUUUUGUGUUAGGCUCUUCAGUAUGGAAGCUGUGUGUCACUUAAGGAAAACAUUACAAAACAUGCUUGUGAGAAGGAGUUCCAGGCACUCAAAGCCUGCAUCAAACAAGUGGUUAGAUAA